AUGACAUCGCACCACCAUAAUUCUGAAAUUCCUCACUCUCAAUGCCAAACUGAUCCUAUUGAUGCUUAUCCAUCUCUGAAGGAUUUAACAGUUGGAUUUUCAGCAUGUCUCCAAGCCAAAAUAAUUGAGGAUCUGGAAACAAAGGAAAAUACUUCUACUCCAAAAAGUGAUGUAUUUUUCAAUAAAUUUCAUCUGAUGGAGUAUUUAAGAGCAAAUUCCAAAGAUGCUCCUUCGAUUGAUGAAAUUUUUUCAUUCACUUAUCAGCUAUACAGCUUAAAGAGGCUUAUUUCCCUCUCCAUGAACAAUCAAUACUAAGAAAAUUCUAUAAUUUUGAGAAAUCGACCUAUUUCGUGAGCUUGCAAAGUCUUUUUAUAUAAUGAAUUUAUGUAUAAUGAUUAUUAUAUUGAAAAAUUAUUAAAUUUUAAUAAGCUCGGAUUUACAUAUAAAGUAAAUUUUAUUUUUCGAAUUCUAUUUUUUAUUUCAAAAAAAAAUUUAAGUAUAAACUUUUAAAAGAAUGUUUGCUCACGCAUGGAGUGUUAGUGGAGAAUGUUUAAUACUAACUUUAAUGUACAUGCUAAGAGUAUCAAAGUCAUCAGGAAUUAUUCAUUAUAAGAAAAUAAAAACAUACAAUAAUAUUCACAUUACCCUUUCUUUAUAAAAAACUCGACUGCUAGUUAUCAGAUAAUAAUUUUUUCCUUUAAAUAGGAUAAAAUAUUUAAUGCAAAUUGACGUCAAUUUGUGUUCACUGCUACAAUAACCGCCCAAAAAGUCUGCAACUCCAUCCACCUCUGUAACUUGGAAUUUGAAGACUGUUUCACUGAUCUUUCAUCAGAGGAAAUUUUCGACAUGGACGGUGAGUUUUUCAAUCUGAUGAAGCAUAAAUAUGAAGUCGACCUCGCCUUUUUCCAAAAUAUCUUCGAAAUUUUAGCUUAUGCUUUAGAAGACAAGUCAAAAAAAAAGUGAAAAUUAAAUGAGCAGAAAAUUAAUAAAAUAAUCAAAAGAUCAAAAACAUUUGACGAAGACGAAGAAGAGGAGAACGAUUUGAGCAAGUUUGUGAGCGAAAGGAUGUAUAAUAUAGAUCUUGAUAAAUUGGAUUGGGAAACUUAA